ACGUCACCGAGUGUGGCAGCUCCUACAUGGCAGAGUGCAGGACGGAGCCGGAGCUAACCGCCCGUUAACCCCCAUCCCCUCCCAUAUGGGCUCGGUUUAACAACAAACCCCUUAAAAACACAAUGUCAGCAUUCCGAACCUCUUCGUUUGGACCUAGCAGUCUCGACAAAUAGUCUUCACUAAGGAGGCUUUAUCGGGGAGAUGCCUGCUCCUGAACAGCGGCCUGCAGCAGAGGAGGAGGAGGUGCUGAGCUGCAAGGAAGGAUCCAGCACCAGCAAGAUGGAGACGGAAACGACCACCACUAACAUCCUGGCAUCCGUCAAAGAGCAGGAGCUCCAGUUUGAACGGCUGACCAGAGAGCUUGAGGCAGAGAGACAGAUCGUGGCAAAUCAGCUGGAGCGAUGCAGGUUGGGGGCGGAGUCUCCAGGUGCUGCCAGUGACAGUUCCUCUGAGAAGUCUCUGCUGUGGAGAUCAGCAGACUCCUCAGCGGCAGGUUUGUCCAAACCCCACGUCUCAGACGAGUGCCCUUCCCCCACGUUUGGGGUCAGAGUUCAAGGCUCACCCUACUCACCUGAACUGGAACAAAUCUCCCUGCAUGAAAGUGAGGGGUCAGCGGCUAACUCUCGCAGCUCAACUCAGAUGAACUCAUAUUCUGAUAGCGGCUACCAGGAAGUGAGUGGCUAUUAUAGCAACAUGGUGACCCCGAGGAGGUCAGAGGGAAGAUCGCAGUCAACUAGUUCUGCCCCAAGUGGCAGUCCAAGCCUGGCCAUGGGAUGCAGAGCUGAAGGACAAGCAUCAGCACCGGUGGCUGGUGGACGUGUAAUGAGGCGUGUUAGUUCAGUGCCCUCUCGUGCCUCUUCUCCUCUUUAUGCGCCGUCUCCACCCCCCUCUCACCCAAUGCUGGGCUCUGCUCUGGGAAGCCCUUACGGAUCGCCCAUCGUCUCUGAGCCCCGCCCAUUGCCCAGUGUCUUUCCUGGUACCACCCUUCCGCCCUCUUCCAGCCACGCCCCUGACCCGCUUCACUCCACCUUCCCUGGUCGCCAUGGCGAUGGGAUGGAGUCCCCGACUCUGCUACGUUCUGGGAUGACCGCUCAGCCUCAGCAUUACGGAACACUGGGGAAGCACGACGCACAUGCUUAUGACGACACACACUCCUCGUUCGGGGCACGGGCCUAUGAUAUGUUUGAGAGGAUAGUUCUUUCUAGACCGGACAGUCUUACAGGUCUUCAGAGUUCUUACAGCCAGCACAGCCAGUUAGGCCAGGAAGCUCAAUCCCCGGACCACCACAUAACACCUGUGUAUGAGGACAGAACCUUCCAGAACCCACUUUACCAGAGUCCCACCCAUGGCUCCCAGAGCGCCCUCUCCAGGAACACAGGGUUGGGAACUCUGCCAAGGACCACCAGUCAGUGUAGUACCCUGCGCUACCAAAGGGGGGCGUACUCCAUGCCUUCACACACUGACACUUAUCGCUCCACCCUUUACCGCACAGCAGAGUCCAACUAUGGCAGACAUGCUGCUGCCAUCGACAAUAACAUCGGUGCCACACGUUCUCCAUCCAUAGACAGCAUCCACAAAGACCCUCGGGAGUUUGCUUGGAGAGAUCCUGAGCUGCCAGAGGUCAUUCGCAUGCUGCAGCAUCACUUCCCCUCAGUGCAAGCCAAUGCUGCAGCUUAUGUUCAGCAUCUCUGUUACAGAGACAACCGCAUCAAGGCUGAGGUGUGCAGGUUGGGAGGAAUCCAGCACUUGGUAGACCUGCUGGACCACAAAACUCUGGAAGUGCAGCGCAGUGCGUGUGGAGCCCUCAGGAACCUGGUGUUUGGCAAAGCCACUGAUGACAACAAGGUGUGUGUGAGGAAUGCCGGUGGAAUCCCUGCUCUGCUUCGCCUGCUGAGGAAGACCACAGAAACUGAAGUGCGGGAGCUCGUCACUGGUGUGCUGUGGAACUUGUCAUCGUGUGACUCGGUGAAGAUGACGAUUGUCCGUGACGCACUUGGUCCCCUCACCAACACAGUGAUUAUUCCUCAUUCAGGAUGGGGAGCAGCACCCCAAAGAGAGGACCACAAACUAAAACUGCACUCCUCUCUAGUGCUGAGGAACACAACUGGAUGCCUCAGAAACCUGAGCUCUGCUGGUGAAGAAGCCCGGAGGCAAAUGCGCUGCUGUGAGGGGCUGAUCGACUCUCUGCUGUACAUCAUUAAAACGUGUAUCAACACCUCUGACUUUGACAGCAAGAUUGUUGAAAACUGUGUGUGCACUUUGAGAAACCUGUCAUAUCGUCUUGAGCUGGAGAUGCCCCCCUCUCGACUGAUGGGCACCCAGGAUUUGGACACGCUCCUGGGUAAUGACCCCUCCAGCAAACAGGCUGACUACAGCUGUUGGGGCCUGAGAAAGAAGAAGAAGAAGAGGUCGUGGCAGGACCUGCAGUGGGACGGAGUUGGGCCUAUCCCAGGGUUCUCUGGCAGCCCGAAGGGGGCGGAGAUGCUGUGGCACCCAUCAGUGGUUAAACCUUACCUCACCCUGCUGGCAGAAAGUUCCAAUCCAGCCACACUGGAGGGAGCAGCUGGGUCACUGCAGAACCUCUCGGCAGGGAGCUGGAGGUUCGCAGCUUAUAUUCGAGCGGCAGUGCGAAAGGAGAAGGGUUUGCCCAUCUUGGUGGAGUUGCUAAGGAUGGAUAAUGACAGGGUGGUCUGCUCAGUGGCAACUGCACUACGCAACAUGGCUCUGGACGCCAGAAACAAAGAGCUGAUUGGGAAGUACGCCAUGCCAGACCUGGUGACUCGUCUGCCAGGUCAUGGUCCCUCGCUGCUGUCUGAUGAGACGGUGGCAGCAGUGUGCUGUGCAUUGCAUGAGGUCACCAGCAGGAAUAUGGAAAAUGCCCGUGCCCUCGCCCAGGCUGGUGGUAUCGACAAGCUGGUCUCCAUAAGCCGUGGCCGUGGGGAGAGGUAUUCAAUGAAAGUGGUAAAAGCUGCUGCGCAGGUGCUGAACACUCUGUGGCAGUACAGAGAUCUGCGCAACAUCUAUAAAAAGGAUGGGUGGAAUCAGAACCAUUUUCUCACACCAGUGUCAACACUGGAGCGAGAUCGGUACCGGUCCCAACCCACGCUGCCAACGAGCAACUUACAGAUGUCACCUGUCAUCCAGUCAGGCGGUAGUGCCACUUCUUCUCCGGCUAUGUUGGGAAUAAGAGAACAUCGGUUGAGUAAGCGGAGGGCUCAGUCUUCUAUGCAACUUUAUAACUAUUACGGAGACACCAACAGAAACAAAAAUCUGUACACAGGGUCAGGAAAGCAUUCUGCCUAUUUCAUAAGCUCCUAUCCCUCCCCUUCACUCGAGGAACCUCAGAGGCCACAGCACAGCCAACUGUACUACUCAGACGAGCCAAAUCACAGGGCCUACGACACUUACGGAAUGUAUCUGGCGUCUCCAAUGGGCUACGACGACCCUUAUCUGGACGAGCCGCUCCAAUAUCCGGUGGUGAGCGAGAGACAGGCACUCAAACGCAACACCAACUACGUGGACUUCUACUCUACCACACGCAGGCCUUCCUACCGAGCUCAGGCCUACCCCGCAUCUCCAGACUCCUGGGUGUAGGCACAAGUGUGUGUGUGUGUUUGUGAGUGGUUAAAUGCAAGUGUCUGUGUGUCUUUCAGGCCCCGUCCACAUUAUACAGAUGUUUUUGAAUCAUUUUUCUCUGCAUUUUGGCCUCUCGUACAUAUGAAAACGGCAUGUACACUGAGCUUUGGGAAAACUCCCAAACUCUCCAAGGUGGACGUCUUUUUGCCGUGUUUUGUGUAGACAGGUGAAACGUCGUUUAAAACAGCUGACAUGACAUCAGCUUGCACACAGUCAUGUUUUUUGCAUGUGCUUAGCAUCAAGACUGUGACGCAGUAUCUGACACGGACGGUGACUGCGUUUUUCUGCAUGAGUGGUAAUAUCAGGUAAUUAUCAGCUUUGAUUACAUGUUUAUUUAAUUUAUCUAAACUUUCUUGUUACACCAUCAGUCAACACUUGAAUUUGCUUUUUUGUCAUGGUUUAUUUUCUUAAAAGCCCAUAUUCCUAUUUUUUUCUUGAAUUUUAUUCAGGGCCAGGGUAAUGAAUAGUACAUUUUGAAACUUACAUAUCACUUCAGACCCCUUUAAAAAAAAAAGAGUGAGGCAUAUUUGGUUUUCUCUUUAAAGCUUUCAGAUAUUGUGUUUACUCUGAUGCUGUUUUCCCUGUGUAGUGCCACACCAGCGCAGUGCCUUGCAGGGCUACUCACUGCUGUGUUUGGAAAAUGAAGUCGAACCAGGAGCAGUGCUUUGGAUUACAGUUUGGAGCACAGAAAAGUCAUUCACAUGAAAAAUAAAGAAAAAAAAACUUUAAUGGUA